AUGUCUGCAUUUGAAUCUGAUAACCCGGUCCUGUCAAGCAUUGAACCAGUUCCAUAUACAGGAUUCAGAUCACUCCGGAAAACAUUAGAGAAACAACGUGCACGCUUUAGUCAGGAACUAGCCACCAACUCGCCACCCCUGUCUCAAUUCAUCCAGUUUUGUGGUGUGAGCGAGGCUGAAUUCCAGAAGCUCUCCGACGACGAACGCUAUCUCAAAUCUUACCGACUCAAUUACUACCGUCAUUCCGAGUCCUUGAUUGUGAGAAUCGCGAUCAUACAAGUUUUUAAUAUCUGGAGCCUCAUCUACGUAACCUACCAGUCAGACAGACUGUUAGAAAGGAACGAGCGGCCGUUAUGCUUGGGAAUUUCCGCCGAGAACUUUGGACCCAUGGAAAAGCAACCAGACGCGGCCUUUGUGCGUAGGACCCCCCCGGGAUAUUUCAGACGAACCGUCAUCUUCGAAGUCGGUAUAAUGGAUCCAACGGCAUGGUUGGAACGCUCUGCGCGUACCUGGAUCGAAGCUCCCGGUUCGCCAGAUAGGAUUGUCCUCAUGAUUGAUGUCAAUAAGCCCGCUCUGAAGAUAAAUUUUCAUGUCUUCAAGCGUGAUCCCAGUCGUCAGCCGUCGAUUGUGGACGACCGACAAGUGCAUUAUGCUUUUAAUGAACAAACACUUGUGGUUGAUUGCGCCAACGACUUUCGAAUUUCUGGAGUUCGAUAUGAUCCCCAUACUCGAGCUACCGAAGAGAUCAAUUCUCUACUCUUGGAUUUUCAUUACCUCAUGGGGCGUAAUCCUGUACCACCGACCGAGAGAGAUGUGGUCUUUGAGAGUAGCACACUAAAAGAAGUCGCCGAAGAUUGGUAUCAGGAGAAGGAAAGAUUCACUUAG